GAUGGCCCUCCGACUUUAUUACGAUAUUUGAUUUAUUAGAAAUGCCCCCUCGUCUGUGUGGCUGGCGCGCGCGUCCACACACACACACACACACACACACACGCGCGGCUCUGGCUCGCGUCCCUCCCUCGUUUCCAGCUCCUGGGCGAAUCCCACAUCUGUUUCAACUCUCCGCCGAGGGCGAGCGGGAGCGAGUGUGUGUCGGACCCUGAGUAGAGGGAGAAGCGGGGACCUCCGGACAUGGCCCCCGCCAGCCUGCUGCUCUGCCUGCUGUCCGCCACCGUCCUCCCGCUGCUGGACGGCAGCGCCGCCUUCCUGUCCCACCACCGCCUGAAGGGCCGGUUCCAGAGGGACCGCAGGAACAUCCGCCCCAACAUCAUCCUGGUGCUGACCGACGACCAGGACGUGGAGCUGGGCUCCAUGCAGGUGAUGAACCGGACGCGGCGCCUCCUGGAGCAGGGCGGGGCGCACUUCGUCAACGCCUUCGUGACCACGCCCAUGUGCUGCCCGUCGCGCUCCUCCAUCCUCACCGGCAAGUACGUGCACAACCACAACACCUACACCAACAACGAGAACUGCUCGUCGCCCUCCUGGCAGGCGCAGCACGAGAGCCGCACCUUCGCCGUGUACCUCAACAGCACGGGCUACCGCACAGCUUUCUUCGGGAAGUACCUCAAUGAAUACAACGGCUCCUACGUGCCACCCGGCUGGAAGGAGUGGGUGGGACUCCUCAAAAACUCGCGCUUUUACAACUACACGCUGUGCCGGAACGGGGUGAAGGAGAAGCACGGCUUCGACUACUCCAAGGAUUACCUCACAGACCUCAUCACCAACGACAGCGUGAACUUCUUCCGCACGUCCAAGAAGAUGUACCCGCACCGGCCGGUGCUGAUGGUCCUCAGCCACGCGGCUCCCCACGGCCCCGAGGACUCGGCACCCCAGUACUCCGGCCUCUUCCCCAACGCGUCCCAGCACAUCACACCGAGCUACAACUACGCCCCCAACCCCGACAAGCACUGGAUCAUGCGCUACACGGGCCCCAUGAAGCCCAUCCACAUGGAAUUCACCAACAUGCUGCAGCGCAGGCGCCUCCAGACCCUCAUGUCCGUGGACGACUCCAUGGAGACGAUCUACAACAUGCUGGUGGAGACGGGCGAGCUGGACAACACCUACAUCGUCUACACUGCCGACCACGGCUACCACAUCGGCCAGUUUGGCCUGGUCAAGGGCAAGUCCAUGCCGUACGAGUUUGACAUCAGGGUCCCGUUCUACGUGCGGGGCCCCAACGUGGAGGCCGGCUCUCUGAACCCCCACAUCGUCCUCAACAUUGACCUGGCCCCCACCAUCCUGGAUAUCGCUGGCCUGGACAUCCCCACGGACAUGGAUGGGAAAUCUAUCCUCAAACUGCUGGACACAGAGCGGCCAGUGAAUCGGUUUCACCUGAAAAAGAAGGUGAGGGUCUGGCGGGACUCCUUCCUGGUGGAGAGAGGUAAACUGCUUCACAAGCGGGAGAGCGGCAAGGUGGAGGCCCAGGAGAACUUCCUGCCCAAGUAUCAGCGCGUGAAGGACCUGUGUCAGCGUGCCGAGUACCAGACGGCCUGCGAGCAGCUGGGGCAGAAGUGGCAGUGCGUGGAGGACGCAGCAGGGAGGCUGAAGCUGCACAAGUGCAAAGGCCCUGUGCGGCCCGGCGGCGGCGCCCUCUCCAACCUGGUGCCCAAGUACUACCGGCAGGGCAGCGAGGCCUGCGCCUGCGACAGCGGGGACUACAAGCUGGGCCUGGCGGGACGCAGGACAAAGUUCUUCAAGAAGAAGUACAAGGCCAGCUACGCCCGUAACCGCGCCGUCCGCUCCGUGGCCGUUGAGGUGGAUGGCGAGGUGUACCACGUGGGCCUGGAGGACACGGCCCCCCAGCCCCGCAACCUCACCAAGCGGCACUGGCCAGGGGCCCUGGAGGACCAGGAUGACAAGGACGGCGGGGGUUUCAGUGGCACUGGAGGCCUUCCAGACUACUCUGCUCCCACCCCCAUUAAAGUGACCCAUCGGUGCUACAUCCUGGAGAACGACACGGUCCAGUGCGACCUGGCCCUGUACAAGUCCCUGCAGGCCUGGAAAGACCACAAGCUGCACAUAGACCACGAGAUCGAAACCCUGCAGAACAAAAUUAAGAACCUGAGGGAAGUCCGAGGUCACCUGAAGAAAAAGCGCCCAGAAGAAUGUGAUUGCCACAAAAUCAGCCACGCCGAGCACCGAGGCCGCCUCAGGCACAAGGGCUCCAGCCUGCAUCCUUCCAGGAAGGGUCUACAGGAGAAGGACAAGGUGUGGCUGCUGCGGGAGCAGAAGCGCAAGAAGAAGCUCCGCAAGCUGCUCAAGCGACUGCAGAACAACGACACGUGCAGCAUGCCGGGCCUCACGUGCUUCACCCACGACAACCAGCACUGGCAGACGGCGCCUCUCUGGACACUGGGGCCCUUCUGCGCCUGCACCAGUGCCAACAACAACACGUACUGGUGCCUGAGGACCAUCAACGAGACCCACAACUUCCUCUUCUGUGAAUUUGCAACGGGCUUCCUGGAGUACUUCGACCUCAACACAGACCCUUACCAGCUGAUGAAUGCCGUGAACACGCUGGACAGGGACGUCCUCAACCAGCUCCACGUGCAGCUCAUGGAGCUGAGGAGCUGCAAAGGUCACAAGCAGUGUAACCCCCGGACCCGAAACGUGGACCUGGGACUUAAAGAUGGAGGAAGCUAUGAGCAAUACAGGCAGUUUCAGCGUCGAAAAUGGCCAGAAAUGAAGAGACCUUCUUCCAAGUCGCUGGGACAACUGUGGGAAGGCUGGGAAGGUUAGAGCACAGAGCUGGACCUCCCAACACCAAGAGGCCUCGCCUGACCGCACGGGCCAUGAGAGACCACGCGUGGCUCCCAGGUGACCCGUGUGGUGAGCCAGGAGUCCUGAGAGAACCUGCUUUCCGUCAACACAGCAGAUUCUGGGGGAUGACCGUCAGGAACAGAGGACUUCAGGAAGUCCACCUCUGCCCCUGCUUUGCUCUGGAUUAUACCUCACCAGCUGCACAAAAUGCAUUUUCAUAUCAAAAGGUCACCACUAACCCUGAGAGUCUCAUGAGGAAAAAAGAACUGAGAGAUUUUCAUGGAAAUUUCCCCCAAGGGUGAAAGUCAUUGGAAUUUUUUUAAAUCAUAUGGGAAAACAACUCUGUUUUAAAACCUUUUUCUUUUAAUUCAUCACAAAGAAACUAAGCAGCAGGACAGGGACAUCUUGCAGAUGCUGAGAACAGCACACACAGUUUGACAAUGAGUCAAUAGCACAAAAAAAGUGACAUUUACCUAGCUUGAUAACCCUGGUUGCCUCUGAAGAAACUGCCUUCAUUGUAUAUAUGUGACUAUUUACAUGUAACCAACAAGGGGACUUUUAGGGGAAUCUAAUAAGAAAUCGCAAUUUUCAAGAGUGGUGGUGUCAAUAAACGCUCUGUGGCCAGUGUGAAAGAAAACCCCGUGCACUUGUGGACGUUUCUGUUCCUGCCCA